GGGAUAUCAGUUGGCUUUUAAAGCACGAUUCCCGCGUUAUUGAACGCUGGAGUCAUUUGCUUUCGUUCUUGAGCCGGAUUUAUCGUGGAGGGGAGGAUGUUUCGGAAUCUUCUGUUUUUGGCAUGAUACCUAAUGGUCUAGCGUGGUUAUGUACAAACGCGAAAAUGAAUCUUUUAAUGUACGCAGACGGAAACCCUGAACUUCCUUUUCCGAAAAGACAUGAUAAAAUUGUGAAAAAGGAUCAUUCAUAUGGUCAUUUUGAGAUGUAUGCUGCUAUGUUUAACAGUAUGCCUAAAGAUGAACUUUGUGAUAAGUAUACGCAGCAUGUUCUUAAUCUUCGUAAAUUUGUCGAAACUUUUCAGAAAAUUAAAAAUCCUCCACCCCAAAAUGUCCCAUUUUCAGGUGACCAUCACUCUCCACGGCUUUACAAAUAUUUGUUAAGUUGCGCAACUGCUGUUAACUCAAAAUGUAAUAACCAAAAAUCAAUUUCUCUUCCAAAUAAUGUAAAGCUCCGUGACUACUACACUAUUCAAAAAAUAAAAUAG